AUGCAAACAUUAAAGCUGAAGAUUGUGCCUUUGUCUUCCUACAACUUUCGGGAGAUUAUCCUGCCUCUUAUUCAGUCAUUCAUGCGGGCACACUUGGAGGAACUAGUUGCCAAAGAUGCUAAAGAGAAAUCUGAUGCUGCAAGCGAAGCACUUUUAGCUGAACUUGUACUUGAACCUAAAAAGGGAAUUCAGAAAGGUGGUGAUUCUAAACAUAACCAGGAGAAAAUGAAGGAUAAGAAAAAGAAAAAGGAUCACAGAAAAGCUAAGAGUUUAAAGGUUAUAACUAUUGGCCACUUCUCCAUUAAGUCUGAAAGUCAUCCAGAUUCGGAGAUUGUAGGUGGUGUUAGCGGUGAUGACUUGACACAACAAGAAAAAGAAUACAGACAUAAAAUUGAGCUUGAAGCGGAGGAAAGAAAGCUUGAAGAGAUUCUGGAGUAUCAGAGGAAAAUUGAGAAUGAGGGCAAACAGAAGCAUCUAGCCGUUAAUGGUGAAGCACCCGAAAGUUGCUUUGUGCCUUCUGAAGGCUUGAGAGGAAGGCAAUGCAAACGGCACAACAGCUAUACCAGUGUUGUAAAAGGCCGUUCCCGAUCCUUGGAUUCUGGAAAUGAUAUUCGUGAACCUGGGAUUCUUCAAAAUCAAAGUUUUGUCGAAGAGCACGCUAGUGUAGGGGAUUGGAGGACUCCUCAUGUUCUCAACAAUACAUUUCAAGCACGUCAAAUUUCACCGAUAGCUGGUCCAAGAAUGUUGCCUCCAAAGAUGUCCUCAGAAUCAGAUGCCCGUAGAGUUUCACAAAGUGAAACCAUUUUUGGCAGCAUUAAUGGAACGGAGUUUUUAGGAACAUGGUCUAAAAAUGAAGCUGGCAAAUACAAAUGUGUGUGGCCUCAAUUGACAUCUUCAGAAGAUGAAAUCAUUUUCAACAGCAAGAGCGGGACCGAGGUACCGGGAACAGGGUUAAAAAAUAAAGCUGGCGAAUAUAAUUGUUUUGUGAAUGUUAUUAUACAGUCCUUGUGGCAUUUAAAAGGCUUUCGCGAAGAGUUCUUAGGGGAAAAAAUAUCUACGCAUCUGCAUGUUGGGGAUCCUUGCGUUGUAUGUGCACUAUAUGACAUAUUCAUGGCUUUAAGCAGGGCAUCUACAGAUAUGCAGGCUGAAGCAGUUUCUCCUACCUCUCUGAGAGUUGCUCUUAGCAACUUGUAUCCAAAUAGUAAUUUCUUUCAACAGGCCCAGAUGAAUGAUGCUUCGGAAGUAAUGGCAGUAAUCUUUGACUGCCUUCAUAGAUCAUUUGCUUCUGUUUCAAGUGGAUUUGAUAUAGAAUACGAAGAUAAGAAUGGUGAUGAGUUUUGGGACUGUGAAAGUAACGCUUGUGUGGCACAUUCUCUUUUUGGAAUGAACAUCUUUGAGAAAAUGCAUUGCCACAGUUGUGGUUUGGAGUCGAAGCAUCUGAAGUACACUUCAUUCUUCCACAACAUCAAUGCUAGUGCACUUAGAACAGCAAAGAGUCUGGGUGCGGAUAGCUCUUUUGGCGAGCUUUUGUAUAACGUUCAGAUGAAUCAGCAGUUAGCAUGUGACCCAGAGUCCGGUGGCUGUGGAGAACUCAAUUACAUUCAUCAGUUUCUUUCAACUCCACCACAUGUGUUCACAGCAGUUCUUGGUUGGCAGAAUACACAUGAGUGCGCAAAUGACAUAUCAGCAACACUGGCUGCCCUGACCACUGAAUUAGAUUUCGCUGUCCUAUAUCGUGGGCUGCUUCCAGGGAACAAACACCGCUUAGUUUCAAUGGCCUGCUAUUAUGGACAGCAUUAUGGCUGCUUUGCAUACAGUUGUGAACAAGACCGAUGGACAAUGUAUGAUGACGAAACUGUCAAGCUAGUAGGAUUUGUUCGGGUAAUCGGCGGAUGGGAUGACGUAAUUCUCAUGUGUGAAAGAGCACAUUUGCAUCCUCAUAUUCUUUUAUUUGAAGCGGUAGAUGAAGAGGCAAAACUGAACCACCCUGCUUUUAUUAGAAGUUUAGUUAAUGAUACUAAAGUUUUGAAUGGCUCUUUUUGUGAUGUUUUGUAUAGCCAUCGUUAUAUGGAAGCUAAUUAUGCUGAAUAUUUGGCAAAGGCAGCUCUAGGUAAGGUCUUUCAUUUGUCCUGA